UCUAUCUCAAUGGUCUCUCAUGGCUCUCAAUCUCACUUCUCUAAAGCCCAAAACUUUCCCACACUUUCUCUCCCCCAAACUUUCUUUUCUUUCCCUCCAAACGCCCCCACACUUUAAUACAAGAACUAAGCCCUUCUUCUUCUUCUCCACCAGAGCGAGAGCAGCCCUUCGGGAAUGGCGGGAGUACGAGGAGGCAGUGAAACGCAAGGACCUCGCUGGGGCUCUCGGGUUCUUGAAAUCCAUCGAGAACAACCACAAUAAGAACGACCCAAUUGAGCGCGUUAAUGGGUCUGCCUUGGCCGAGUCGACUCGGUCCCGACUCGCCGAGUUGGGUCUUGCUGGGUACGAGAGGGACUGGGAGGUCCUGGACACGUGUCUGAAUGCGGAUGAUAUGAAGCUUGUCGGAAGUGCUUAUGGGUUCCUCAAGGAUAGGGGGUUCUUGCCGAAUUUUGGGAAAUGCAGGAAUAUUGCGUUGGAGGGACCAAGAAAAAUUACACCGACUGUAUUGAAGUCUUCAACAGGCUUAGAAGUGUCUAAACUUUCUCCAAAGAAGUGGGGUGUUUCAGGAAGCUCCCAAGCUGUUUUAGUUGCUUUUCUUGGUGGGGUAUCAUUUCUUAUUUCUGAAGGGAUCGAUAUCAGGCCUAACCUUGCAGUGAUAUUGGGGCUAGCCUUCAUGGACUCUAUUUUCCUUGGUGGCUGCUGUUUAGCUCAAAUCUCAAGUUACUGGCCUCCAAAUAGGCGCCGGAUUCUAGUUCAUGAAGCAGGGCAUCUCCUGAUAGCUUACCUUAUGGGUUGUCCAAUUCGUGGAGUGAUUUUAGACCCAAUUGUUGCAAUGCAAGCGGGCAUUCAAGGGCAGGCAGGAACUCAGUUUUGGGAUGAUAAAAUGGCCAAGGAUCUUGCUGAAGGAAGACUCGAUGGAACUUCUUUUGACAGGUACUGCAUGGUGCUUUUUGCAGGCAUUGCGGCGGAAGCACUUGUGUAUGGUGAAGCAGAGGGUGGAGAGAACGAUGAAAAUCUCUUUAGGAGUAUCUGUCUUCUUCUGGGACCCCCAUUAUCUGUAGCUGAGAUGUCAAAUCAAGCAAGAUGGUCGGUUCUUCAAUCUUACAAUCUGCUCAAGUGGCAUAGACACGCACACCGAGCUGCUGUUAAAGCUUUGGAAAAUGGCGGUGGUCUUAGCAUUGUGAUUAGGAGCAUUGAGGAAGCCAUGUCCUCAAAUGGAUGAACUGCAGAAGUUUAUACUUAACAAUUCUUUUCUAUUCCAUAUUUUUCCCAAGGCAUAAGGGAUCUGAAGUAUAACUAACUCGGUUUGACAUAGGCCUCAUAAUUUGGCAGCUGAUUUAGAGUUCAUGCAAAAUGUCUUUUAUCAAGAGGGUGGGUGUGCUGAGGAUGAAGUGCCCCCAGGCACGCCUUUGUUGGCACCAUGUAUCAUUAUGAGGAUACAUGUAACAGUGGAAGGUCUAUAGUGGGAGGAAGAAAGAAAUGCAGUCUCCCGUUUCGGGGGGGUGGAUAGAAAACUCUUCAGACAGAAAUGCAGUCUUUUAGCGGCCUCUGGUUUCGUUGGUGUUGUUCAAGUGUUUGGUUGGCUAUGCUCAGCCUCAGACCAACCCACAUUGGUACCCAGCCACCACCACCUGGUAGGGCAGCCCCGAAGGACUUCCCUAUGUUGCUUGUUUUAGCUGUAUUUCUUUUUUGCUUUGCAACUCGGUCAGUUGACUCAGCUUGUCGAAGUUUUCUGGCCGAAUGAGUCAGCUCGGUCAGUUAACUACAAAGUCUGCUUAUUAUUUACUUUAUCCUUUACAAUAAUGUCUUUUUGGGCAUAUUAAUGGAAAGUCAAGUACAUUAUAAUCUCGAA